AGGGAGCGCAGAUUAUGCAUCUGACAGUGAUAUCGGUCACUCAACCCCCAACACCUGGGUUUGUCCUGUGAUCUGUCAGCGAGCCUUAGACACUCCAGGUGGCCUCAAAGUGUAUCUAGCCUGGGACAAGCGAUGUGGUGCGUCACCGCCACUUCGUGGCGAACGGCGAUUGUUGUUGGGAGUGGGCCCGAGUAAUUGGAAGGCAAGCUUAUUAACAACCGUAGGAGGUUGCUAGACUUAUGUGCAGCCCAUAGGCUUGUAAUCACAAAUACGCUGUUCCGGAAUCGGCGCAUCCACACAACAUCAUGGAUGCACGCCGGGUCCAAUCAAGAACAUCUGCAUUGACAGAACAGCGAAUGCAGUCCCAUGUUCUUGACACCAGGACUUACCAUGGAAGCUGAUCUGCCUACUGACCAUUGGCUUGUCAUCCGUAAGAUAUGCCAGCCAAAAUACAGUUUACCACAAAAUUUGACUUCCCAAUGUAUUGUUGUUGAGUCUGACACUGGAGGUUAGCCAGGUCCUUGUUAAGACAAUUAUAUAUGGGUUAUGUAUAUUUAACCUGCAGUGUAACAAAGCUCACUUGGCGAGCAAUCUUUUUUAGUUCUUUCAUAUUUAGCCAAACAUAGCAUUAUCUUAUCGAUAAAGAGCAAUGGAGGGGGCAGUAUUUAAUUUCACGGCUAAUAUAUAGCAAUAAUAAACUGGGUGAAUCAAUAUUUUACAUGUUUAUUAAAAAAAAAAUUUUUUACUGGAAUAUGUGUUUAGUUUGGUGACCUGCACCGAUUAGAACGGUUGGCUACGUACAGUGCGAAUUAAGUUCAACAUACAUACAUAAAUAUUAAAUCAUUUGCACCAUCCUUCAAUACCAAGAAAACAGUUUAGUAAAGCAGACGGAAUAUCGCUCGAGUGGUGAAUAUCGCUUUUGUAGUAAUAAUUAUUAGAGAGGUGUAUAGAGCAGUCAUAGUUGUAGCAACUACUGUCUUAACCUGAUGCAUUUCAUCAUUGAGGCUGAUUGGUAAAACAAUGCAGAUAGUAGCCAUACUGCGAGAGCAUGUAGACCCUGUGCUGUAGCUCAUUGCUGGAGUGAUCCAACCAUCGCUUCCAUUCAAUUAGGCAUAAUAUUGAGCAUGCCACACUCCAGGCCCUUAUAUACACAGAGAUGCGACCUGAUGUUGAUGGCGUUUUUAUGUUCAGCAUGGAUGCAUGCAGCAGGAGUGCCCCACUUUCCAGGCAGCCUGGAUCGGCUCGCGUGUGGAUUGUGGAUGACCGUAGCGGGAGCGCUGGGGAGGUGAACCCAGAUCCACUCUGUGCUGCGUCACUGGAGCCCGUGGAGGCGGCCGUGGAGUGCUUUACGCCUACACACCUGGCGCCGCGCGACUGAUGCCUCGCACGAGGCCGCUCGUGUCGGCCUCGUGUGCUCGGAAGGCUAAGGAUCCGACAACCCGGCCUACUGCUCUGCGUGAUGAGCUGGCUUCGUCGGGUCGAUUUCUUGCUCCCCCCGGCCCUCCCAAGGCGGUCGAGCCCAACCCGUCUGGAGGACCGGCAUCACGGACUCGUUAAAAGACUCGAUUUGCGUGAUCCCGCGCAUUGCACACUCCCACACCGUCAUGCGCUGUCGCGCUCGCCAAGCAUUGACGGGACAGGAGAAUCUGCAGGAGGUGUCCACUCUGGAGAUGUGUGUGGACACACGUGAGAGCAGCCUGGGGAACUUUGGUGCUCAUCUGCCUGGGCUACUGCACCUCAAGCUCAACAACAGCACCAUCAGCUGCAUUAGGGAUUUGGGAGGAUCCCUGAGACACCUGCAGGUGCUGUGGAUGUGCCGCUGUAGUCUUGUCGACCUCCACGGGCUCUCCUCCCUCCCCAGCCUCAGGGAGCUAUACAUUGCCUAUAAUGGAGCACAUGAGCUGGGCCCCCUGAGCCUGCUGGAGGAGCUGGAGGUGUUGGAUCUGGAGGGGAAUGGUGUGGAGGAUAUGGCGCAGGUGCACGCGCUGGCACUCUGCCCACACCUCGCCUGCCUCACGCUCGAGGGAAACCCCGUCUGCUCCCGCGCCUCCCCUAACGCCCCGCAGGACCCCAGCUAUGAGUACCGCCGCGCAGUGCUCGAUCUCCUGCCCCAGCUCUCUGUGCUGGACGAUCGCCCGGCGAACGAGCGCCAUGCCUUGCCCGCCGCUGCCACCACUGGCACCGACUGGCUGCUAGUACGAGAUGCCAUCGUGGACGAUGCGACCACCCUGUGCCUGGGGCAUGGGCUGGGUGGCAGAGAGAGUCCCGUCUCUCCGCUGGGACGGCCAGGCACGGCAAGGCCCCGUUCUGCACGGCCCCGCUCGGCCUGUGCGUCACUCCUCUGGGGGAAUGAAGGUGGCCCCACACGACCCCGCACGGCCAUCCUGCAGGACAGUGUGGGCUCACGGCCACAAACGCCGGCGUCAAGAGUCUCCUCGCCACACAGUGAUGAUGCCAGUGACCUCACUCAUGGAGGCAGCGGCGUCAUCUGUGGUAAUCCUGUGAAGGCCCUCAGAGCACGGCGAAAUAAGCUCAAUACAACCAGCUCGGAGGCUGUGUCCAAACAAGAAACGGCGGAGCCAUCCUCUCGUGAUGGAACCCGCAGCCCUGGCGACUCGGCCACGAUGGCAGGGGCCCUCCCAGCUCUCUGCCACAUCCCGGACCCCCCCGACAGCCGACCCUCACCACUCUGCGCGUUUGAGCAGGAUGUGCUGCUGGCACUGAGUGCUUGGAGGGAGGAAUUCAGCAGGAACAUGAAGACAUUUGCACAGAAGCACGAACCCCAGGUGCUGAGCAUUACGUACGGUGGGGACGUGAAGCGCAGCAGCAGCAGAAGCAACAGAAGCAGCAUUGGGGAGGCUGAGGGCGAUCAGCAGGACAGCGUCUCAGGGGAGGACAGCGUCUCGGAGGGCGGCUCCGAUCGGGGCGUCUCCCCAGCCCCCCUGUGCCCUCUUGGUGGUUCUGAUCUCAGCCCCACAUCUUCCUUGGCAGCCCGCGUCUCCGUGGGAACCUCCAAGUUCCCCUCCCCUCCCACGCUCCACCGGCAUCCCCGGCUGCCACCAAAUCGCCAGCUCGUGGCACUCCGUAUGCCAGGGGCCCGGCGCAGCUUCAGCAGGGACGCGAGCAUCCCCAAUGCAGCACUUUAUGCCAAGAACGCACCUUCCGCCACAGGUCGGGUGACGGUUUCUGACAAGUGCCGGGUGACAUCAACUACUCAAGCUGGCGCCGCUUUCCCAAGGACACCGCAACCACAAUCACUAUCGGCGCUGCCAUUGCAACCGGCGACGUCGCCACCAGCGAAGCAAUUUGGCGUCGUUGUGCCCAGGCAUACAGGGGAGCCGCUCACCCUGGUGGACUCUGGAACACGCAGCACGCACACUAUCAGGUCUCUUUCCAGCGUGUAUACCCCACUUGCCGCUGUUCGGGGAAUGCAUCGGCCAGUGGUGCGAGGAGGUGGACAGGAGUCACGGGGGGACACUCGUGUGCGCACAGGCGACCCCCCACAUCCACCUGGGCAGCGCGUGUUCAGGCUGGGGGGUGCAAGACUCACCCCCUUGUUGCCCAGCAAGGCACAGCUGCCGACGGGGCAUUGAGGAAGCUGGCACAAUGCACACACAGACACACACUAAUAUACCUUUGUUCUUUUGUCUCGGCUUGGUGCAGGCUUGGCUCUGGCUCAAGAGAGCCAGCUCAAAGCCACUGGCUCUCAGCAUGGUCCCAACCAUGCUCGGGAUUCCAUGAGCUGACCCGGAGCCAAGCCAUGGCUAAGCCACUCACCGAUGCGUCUUUGGAAGCAAAUGAAUAGCUUAAACCUGAGUUGAACUGUGUUAGAGGCCAAGUCAGAGUCAAGCUAAGAACAUAGCCCCAAGACAUCACAUUCCAAUAGACGACACCAUAUUCCCAUAGAUGACACCACAUUCCCAUAGAUAAUACAACAUUUCCAUAGACGACACCACAUUCCCACGGAUACCACAUUCCCACGCACACCACAUUCCCACGGACAUCACAUUCCCAUAGAUGAUACCACAUUCCCAUAGAUGAUAACACAUUCCCAUGGACAACACCACAUUACCAUAGACUACACCAGUCCCAAAGACACCACAUGCUGGCCUGAAUGCACUCGCCAGACAUGUGGACCAUACUUGCACAUAUUUACUGUUGGGAUGUGCAAUACCCAGGGGCGGAGCCAGGGGGGGUGACAGGGGUGACAUUCUGCGUAUAAGUGUACGACACUCGGUCUGGCGGACUCCGUGCAACUGCAUUGUCAGAGUGUGUCGUCAACCGAUGGCGUCUAGUUCAACAGCCUGACUCUCUAAUCAUUCUUGAAAUUAAAAUUAGUUGAAUGUCACCCCGGCCUGAAAUCCUGGCUUCGCCCCUGGCAAUACCUGUAGGUAUCAUGAUAUCAGUAUCUGAAUCCCAGAAGCAUUUUUUUAUAUUUAUACAAAAUAAAUAGGCAGACAAUAUAUCUCCUUCAGAUGUCCAUCUCUCCACAUUAUUUCUUACCCAACUUAUCAGCUGUAUGCAUUCUCGGAGUGUAUAAUUUCAUCAAUAUUGAUUCUAAUACAAGCAAUGUCUGGUCGGGGUUUGGCAUAAUGUUAACACAGUGCCUCGUAAUUCCAGAAAUAAUGUGCUAUUUUAUUGUUUUAAAACGAACAGAAAAAUAAAUGUAUAAUCUUUCUA